AUGGCGACCCGCGCUGCUGCCGACCAAGCCACUCGUGCCGUGACCGACACUGCGGCUCAGGCCUCUCGUAAUGUUCGUGUGACUUUGGCCAAGGACCCCAAGCUGGGCCCGCUUUUGACGAUUGUGGCUGCCACUGUGGGUGCGGCGCUGUCCGUCAGUGCCACCAACUUCCGUCAUGCCGAUACUCGCCACCGUGACAUGCGCAAGGACAUCAUCUCAGAUGAGACCAUGGCGGCCAUGCCUGAGCGUGCCAAGGAGGCUGGCGAGGGCUUCCUCCGCAGCAUUUUGUACAUUCCCGGCUACGGUGACAACUUUGAGCAGACCGACUUUGUAUAA